AGGAAAGGGACCAAAUACAGAAGCCCCAGGGUUUCUAUUUUUUCUACUCUCACCCUCUUUUCAUUUCACUGAUUUCAUUUAAUUUGUACCCCUUUUAUUAUCCAAAAGUAGUUCAGCUGGUAACCAAGAGUGGAAUAACACCUUUGAGAGAGAAACUUUGUUCUGGCAAAUUGAACAAAGAUAGAAAAGAAAGAAGAAUAAUGGGAAGGGGAAGAGUAGAACUGAAGAGAAUAGAGAACAAAAUAAACAGGCAAGUCACUUUUGCAAAGAGAAGAAAUGGGCUACUCAAGAAAGCCUAUGAGCUUUCUGUUCUCUGUGAUGCUGAGGUUGCUCUCAUCAUCUUCUCUAAUCGCGGUAAACUCUAUGAGUUUUGCAGCACUUCAAGCAUGGUGAAGACAAUUGAAAAGUAUCAACGUUGCAGCUAUGCUACUUUGGAAGCAAACCAAACAGCUAGUGAUACUCAGAACAACUACCACGAGUAUUUGAGGCUAAAAGCUAGAGUUGAGCUCCUUCAACGAUCUCAGAGACACCUGCUUGGGGAAGAUUUGGGGACUUUAAGCACGAAAGACCUCGAGCGGCUUGAGAAUCAAUUAGAGGCAUCGUUAAAGCAAAUCAGGUCAAGGAAGACACAAUUCAUGCUGGAUCAGCUUGCAGAUCUUCAACAAAGGGAGCAAGCACUGGCAGAAUCUAAUAAACUACUCCGCAGAAAGCUAGAAGAAAGUGCAGCUGAAUUUCCAUUUCGAUUGUGUUGGGAAGAUGGAGCUAAUCAAGCCAUGCAACAAAGUCGUCUCCCUCACUCAGAGGGUUUCUUUCAGCCUCUUGGAUUGAAUUCAUCUUCUCCACAUUUUGGGUACAAUCCUGUUAAUACGGAUGAGGGCAAUGCAGCAGCAUCUGCUCACAAUAUGAAUGGAUUUAUUCAUGGGUGGAUGCUUUAAUCUGAUAAUCGAACCAGCUGGUCCAUCUUCGGUUCAACCAAUAUACAGUAAUAAUGUAUUGCAUUAUCCUAUUUGUUUUAUUUCAAGUUGUACUUAGAAACUCUCUUGAGAAUUAUCGCAGCGAUCGAUCAAGGACAAUAUAUGUAAUGUAUGCAUAAGUUGCUACUAUAACUUUUGAACUGUCCUGACUAUGCAUUUCUGCCUGUAUCCUACCAUGUAAAUUAAAUGGAAUUGUUUUAAUUUUUGUCUCUUUAAA